CAAGCAACAAUGAUUACGUCAUUGCGUCGUCCUGUCAAUUCUAUUAUCUAUUGUAUGUCGGCCAUUUUGUCUCUGUGAAAAUUGGAGUGCUCAGUGCAUCCUGUUAGAAAAUUCGAUCUGAUUUUAUUGGAAAUCCAUCCAUUAAAGGGCGAGAGGGCGUAUUUUCCUUCAAGAAAGUGUCGACGGCUGCAAAAUGACUGCACACGAUCAAAUGCGUGCUAUGCUUGACCAGCUUAUGGGAACGGGCAGGAAUGGUGAAAACAAUAGAUUCCACGUAAAAUUCAACGAUCCCAGGGUCUGCAAGUCCUUCUUGCUUAGCUGUUGCCCUCACGAAAUCCUUUCUUCUACAAAACUUCAAUUAUCUAAUAUAAGAUGAGGAAUAGGUGUAUUGUUUUGUAUCGCAUGGACUUAGGGGAGUGUCCAAAAAUUCAUGAUUUGGCCCUGAGAGCCGACUUCGAGAAGGCACAGCAGACCAAGGACUACUUCUAUGAUCUUGAUGCAAUGGAACAUCUGCAAGCGUUCAUCGGGGACUGCGAUCGGCGUACGGAGUCCGCUAAACAACGAUUGGCUGAAACCCAAGAAGAGCUGACUGCCGAGGUGGCUGUCAAGGCCAAUAGCGUGCACGAACUUGCCGAGCAGAUUGGCCAGAAACUGGCCAAGGCCGAACAACUUGGCGAGGAGGGAUUCGUGGAUGAGAGCAUGAAGCUUAUGGAGGAAGUGGAUGAAUUGAGGAAAAAAAAACUUGAAGCUGAGCAGGAAUAUCGCAACUCGAUGCCGGCCAGCAGCUACCAACAACAAAAGCUGAGGGUAUGCGAGGUCUGUUCUGCUUAUCUGGGUAUUCAUGACAAUGACAGACGUUUGGCUGAUCAUUUUGGUGGAAAGCUACAUUUGGGAUUCAUCAAGAUUAGAGAGAAGCUCGCCGAAUUGGAAAAAAAUGCGGAGAAAAGGAAGGAGGAGAAGAGAAAGGCAGGGAAGGAUAGAGAUCGUGAUGAUGACAGGUACGAAGGAAGGCGGUACCGCGAACAAUACGUCGGCAGUCGCGAGCUGGAUAGACGAUCCAGGAGGCACAGGUCCAAGUCCAAGGAUCGUAAAGAGAGGGAACGUGAGAGCCGCAAGUCUAACAGAUCCAGAUCCAGAAGCAGGGAUCGUCGUUCUCACUCCCGUCAUUCAAGCUCCAGUGAAAAAAGAAGAGAUCGUGACAGAGAUUAAUGACAGCAUUUCUGAGAAAAAAUAUGUUUGUUUAUUGUAUUUUAUUAAAGAAAUUCACGUGUUUUUCCGAGCGACUUGUAGAUCUUUGUCAAGUGGCAACCGCAUAUUUUUAGUAGAAUUUGGUUAAUGUUAAAACAAUUCAUGCCUCUUUAUUUUCACUAUUUUUGACAUAAUGUUUACAAAGAUGAUAUUUUGAUGGAAUUUCAACAAAAUGAGUGUUAUAUAUUAUUUUGUAGUCUUUUGAAUGCAACUUAGAGUCCAGUGCUACUUCUGGACAUAUCUUCAAGAUUAAUCGUUAUUGUUAUGCUGUCACAGUGAUCAUGUGACAUCACAAACCAAUGUGGAUUUAUGUAUGUCAAAAAGUAAGUUUAGCUGACAAAAUAUAUAAACACGAUUUGUCUUUUUUACAGUUGUGCUAAUGAACAUAUUUUCAUCAUCGAAUUUGCAACUGCUAGUUUGAAAAAAUAGUAAUUAGCAUAUAAAUUUAUUUUUAUGCAUACAAGAUCACAAUCAGUGUAUAAGUUGCAAUUUCUUUCUUUUGUAAUAUGUAAAGUGUUCAUAGUACACCCAUCGUAAAAGUUGUAUCGUAUAUUUAGACUUAGUUAUAGCUUUGUUUAAAAUAAAGAAUAUAAAAC